AUGCCACCGAUCAAGGUGCCUCCCGGACGUGACGCCGACAGAGACACAGACGCAGACGCACCGAGAUUGGAAAUCGACGAGGAAGGUGUCGCCAGAGCCGUCUUCCCCAAGCAGACAAACAAGCGUCACUUUGUAACUGACAAUGAGACUGCAAGACUGGCGACCGAUGAGCAUGGCGUUGCCCAAACUGAGAGUCCAAAUUCGAACAAGAAGAAGUUCCAUCUCGGUCCAAUCCACCCUGCGAUGACUGGGUUGCAUCUGAGGGUGGGACGGCAUCGAGAGUCGUAUGCACGAACGAAGCUUGUUGAGCCUGCGAGCUCGGCCGAACCAGGCGAAGGCCCAACAGUUCUCGACAAUGACGAGAUGGUGGGAGAAGAGACCGAGGAGAACAUUGUUCCACGCGUUGCGCCCGUUGCUGCACGGCAGAUCGUCGACGUCGAAGCUGAAGGUACCGAAGAAGAGAUGGUGGUGGCUGGUCGAGCGGCCGUUGCCUUGGGAAUCGAGAACGCUCAAGAACCCGCGGUCGGUGCUGCAAUCCUUAAUGCCCCGGACCUUCCCCCAGUUUUCACACCUUGGGAGUUCACUGCUUCGCCUUGGCCGCCUGUCGACGAGAUCGCCGACGAAGAGCUCGCGAGAAGGUAUCCAGCUCUCCGAGGAAGCGAGAUCCUCCACCUUCUAGCUCGCGGUGCAGCCAACCGUGAUCCCGACCUUCCCCAACUUCUGGACCACGGGCCCGCUGAGAUCCCUGUGAUGACCGUCCAUGAAAAUGCUGAGGAGGCAUUCGCCGGCUGGGUCUCCGUGCCUCAGGGACCAGGUGCUCUUCCGUUGAUCAUACCUUGGCGACCGAUUGCUCUCCCUUUUCAUCCUGCCUACCCAGGCUAUGUUCAGCCCCAGCUCGGCCAGUUCGGCCAGUGGGAGCAGAGUCACCACGAACAAUUCCUUGAAGAGCAGUAUCGUCGAGAAGCACGAGCACAAGACAGAGAGAAUAUUCCUCUACUCCCACCAGUUGUCUUCAUGCAGGUGGCCGACGCGCGCACUCGUGUCCGUUCCGGCUCCACGAUCCUGACCAUCAAGGGCGAGAAAUUUGUCAGAGUAGACGAUACUCACCUCCUGUACGCCGUCAACGCCGAGUACCUGCUAGGUGGUACCAACACGACAAUUCGAAGAUAUCAAUGUGGUGACUGGCCGUCGCACGUGCCCUCCGUUGCAAAUGAACGCGCUGUCCGCCCCGCGGUCCUGUUCGAGCUCUACCCGACUGGCCAGUACGCAUACACCGCCGAGAAUGGUCGUCGUAAGCAAGCGCCUCAAGAAUUCCGGCCCCAGUGUGACGUAUUUGGCCGCGUUCUUCUCAACGCCCACGACCGACCCCUGAAGUUCUCGAAAUCGAUCCCGUACAAGGUGUCCACUGAGAUCGAAGGCUGGGAGAUGGAAGCGCUUUGUCGCCUCGAUGCUGACCUCUGCAACCAAGACUUCCUCGACCGCAUGCUUCCGAACACGGUUGUAGGUGGGAGUGGGAGAGGCAGAGGCAGACCUAGCAGGGGUACAUUGAACAAUCGUCGUCGGCGAGACCGCAUGAGAUUGCGCAUUCUCCCAUGGCCUGUGCCGCACGAUCUCAGCUACUCAGACCAGCGGCUCAUCAAAGAGCUCGAUAACUGGGAAAUCCAGGAGAAUAGCACCAUGCGCCUGAGGGACUUGAUGAAGGAUGAAAUCCACAUGCACGAGGCCAUCAUGUACGGUGGACAUUUUGAGCGCUCGGGAACCCAUCAUGCAUUGCAUGACCAGGCAAGAUUGGAGCAGCUCUGGGUCAACUUGAGGCUGGUGAGGACGAAGUUUGCCGAGGAUAGCGACGAGGUCCAGCUGGUGAAGGAUCGAGUCGUCCGAUUGCUGCAGAAGAUGGGCAGAGAGGAUGAUGCGGCAAUCUGGGACGUUGGUACGCAGUCGUGA